AAUACAUGCGAAGACAGCAGGACCUGAUGGAAGACGGGAGGCCUGUCAGCUGGUUCAAGUCACCAUGGCUCUAUGUGGAGUGUUACAUGUACCGGAGGAUCCAAGAGGCUCUGUAUAUGAAUCCACCGAUGGAUAAGUUUGACGUGUUUAAGGAGGGAAAGACGCAAAGCUUCUUUGAAUCUCAACAAGCCAUUAAAUCCCUCUGUACAUACCUUCAGGAGCUCAUCACUAACAUGGAGAACAUGACUGAGAUUCAGCUGCGAGACAGCUUUCUCAAGUUACUCCAGGUCUCUCUGUGGGGAAACAAGUGUGAUCUGUCCAUCUCUGCCGGUCAGGACAACUCUCAAAAGUCCAGUCCCAUCGAUUCUCUUCCUGAUUUCCAGCGCUUCAUCCUAGUGGAUGACUCCAGCAUGGUUUGGUCAACGCUGGUUGCUGCUCAAGGAGCCGGAUCCUCUGGGAUGAAGCAUGCCAGAGUGGACAUUAUUUUAGACAAUGCUGGUUUUGAGCUCGUUACCGAUCUAGUCCUUGCUGACUUUCUUGUUUCUGCCGGACUAGCCAAGCAAAUCCGAUUUCAUGGCAAGUCCAUCCCGUGGUUUGUCUCAGACGUCACCAAACAAGACUUUGAGUGGACCAUCAUGCAGACCAUGGCAGCCAAUCACAAGUGGAUGUCAGCCAGCGGUGUCCAAUGGAAGCAUUUCAUGAAGGAGGGUACAUGGUCUUACCAUGACCACUUUUUUUGGACCUUGCCCCAUGAGUUCUGUGACAUGGCGAUGGAUGCAGCUGAUCUCUACAGCACUCUCCAGGGCUCUGAUCUGAUUCUCUUCAAAGGAGACCUUAACUACCGGAAGCUUACUGGAGAUAGGAAAUGGGAGCACACGGUUCCGUUUGAUCAAGCGCUGAGGGGGUUCCAGCCUGCCCCUCUCUGCAGUCUCAGGACACUGAAGGCUGAUGUUCAGGUGGGCUUAAAGCCAGGCCAGGCCGAGAAGCUCAGCUCUCAGGAUCCAGACUGGAUGACUAAUAGCAGAUAUGCAGUGGUUCAGUUUUCCAGUCCAUGCAGAGAACAGUAGGGUCAUUUUUAAAGAAAAGAGAGUCCUCACUAAAGAGGAAAUUGCUGAGAAGAAAGAGAUGAAGGAAUAAAUUGCACUGAAGAUGCUGGUUUAGUUGCCAAUAUGCCAAACAAAUGUGUUGUUUUAUCUUUGCUUGUAUAACAGUUGUUUCGGUUGGAAGCAAAUCACGUAGUGAAUCCUACCGAUUGUGCAUAUCAAACACUGAAAUUAAUCUUAACCUAAAUAAUGUCCUUGUUGACCAUCUCUUGAUCACAGUAUAAGAUGUUCUGUUUGCACUGCUGAUCUGUAUUGUGUAGAAGUACAGUUACUUAAAAAUACAGAUGUAUACAUGGCAACAAAAAAAAA